AUUAAAAAGGAAAAGGGGCACGUAUCAUUGUUAAAAGGGAAAUUAUCAGAGGUGGGAGUCGGUGGGAGGGGUGUGAGGCAGACAAACGGAAUGAAAGGACGCACCAACAACAAGGGGAAAAGCGGAGAUUCCUUAACAAAUGGGAAGCUGUCGAAUGAUGGAGAUCCUUUCAAGGGACCCUCUGAUGGUGAAAUGGACUACCAUUCCCAGCUCGACCGGGCUGUCGAGGUGAUCGGUGAGGCGAACUCGAAGAUCAGGAGGACCGAAGAUCGCACCAAGGCCUUAGAAAAUGAAAAGACGGACUUGGAAAAUAAACUGCGAAUCGCUCUCCGAGAAUCUUACAGUCUGCGAUCAGAGCUGGAAACUCUCAAACAAGAAAAAGAAGGGAAGAACUUGAAGGAGGCCGAGCAGAGAAGGUCACGGGAGCGUAAGCUUAAGGGCCUCCAUGAGGAGCUGGAGACUAAGGAGUCCAUGAUGGCGGACAGGGAGAUCGAGUUGAGGAGGAGAGAGCUGGAGCUUGAUCAGAGGGUGGCCAAGGUCAGGAGGCAACAGGCUGACGUGGAGAGACAACUACUAGAAGUCCUGGACAAGGAUAAGUCAUUUGAAGGUAGAGUUCACUCACAGAGCAAAAAGGACGAGGAGUUGAAACGUCGCGACCGAGCGCUGACCGUUCGUGAAUCCAUCAUCGCUGACAAAGAAGAUCUCUUGACCAGAAACCUUGAGGAACUCAAGGAUAAGGAGACCAACCUUGUGAAGGCGAUGAAUGAUUUGGAAAAGAAGCGAGAAACCCUGAAUAAUCUUAAGAGAAAGAAUGAUGAAGUAGCAUUGAAGCUCUCGGAGAAGAAGAUGGACAUUGAUGUCAAAGAAAGAGAAGUGGGCAUAACCCUGGUGGCCUUACGGAAGGAUGAGGCAGAGCUGCUGAGGAAAGAGGAGCAGUUGGAGGAGAUGGAGGAAGAUAAUGAACAAAGACAGGCAGAACUUGAAGAGAAGGAACGAGGACUGAGUCAAAAAAGUCGUGAGACGGGCGAGUUUGAGAAAGAAAAGAAACAGUUCUCUUCUGAAAAGAAAAAAUGGCAUGGCGAGGCUGCAAAGAUUAGGAAUGAACUUGAAAGGGAACGGAAAAGUUUGAGGGAACGUGACAUGGAGCUCAAAACAAAAGAGCGCGAAUUGCAAAUCAAAGAGAAGGAAUGGCGUACAGUGAAGGGUGCAUUGGACAAACACUUGCAAGAUCAGGACAAGAUCGAGCGCUCUAUCAAGGCCAUCGAGAUGGAGCAACAUCGAAUCGAAUUGGCUCAAAGCGUGCGCGAGGCUGAAAUGGAACAGAAAGACAAAAGAGAGAAAUUGAUUUCGUCGAUGACGAGUAAAGAAGAUGAACUCUUGCUGAAAAUAACCGAUCUUCACAAGAAAGAACAACACAUCAGAGAACGAGAGGAACGCUUGAAGGACGAGGAACAACGGUCAUUUCCUCUCAUAUACCGAAGUGAUAAUCAACUGAGAGAUAGUGGCGAUCACGAGAUGGUUUUAGAAGAUGUCUCGGAGACACAGACUCCGUCUUUAAGACAACAAGGUAAGCACUAUAGUCAAAUACCUUUUGACAACAGCUCGACCCCAGAAAGUGGCUUUUCUGAUGCUCAUCCCGGAGAGUACAAAAUUCUCCAGAGAGGAACCCUAAGCGCCCAUCAUCGCAACCAGGCCUUCACUGUCAGAACGGGUAACGUCAAGAACAUCGGAGAAAUGAAAAACAUCAUCUACAGGAGAGAGGGGAUACCAAUUCCUUGGCAACAAUUUUAUUUCAACAGCAAACUCUUGCCGGACACCUCUUUGCUGCCGCCAACAGAAAGCCUGGCAAGUGGAGUCCUUGAUUUACGAUUGGCUCUUCCAAAAGGCAACCUGACUCUCAUCGUUAGGAUGAACAGCGCUAUCUCAAGGAAGAUUGAGUUUGACGAAGUUGAGACUAUAGCAGCUGCAAAGACGCGCAUUUAUAAGUCAGAAGGCAUUCCUCCACACCAGCAGAAUCUCUUCUACGGCGACAUAGAGUUGCAGAACAAAUAUCACCUCAGUGAUUAUCACAUUCAUCCAGGAACAGAACUCUUCCUGAGAUUACGUUACGAUAUAGUCGUGGUUCUCUUCCACGAUCGUCUCAUUGGCCUUACCGUGGAAGACCUUGAUACAGUUGCUUCUGUUAAGGGUCGUAUCUACGAAGAAACCCGGAUCCACGUUGACUAUCAAGUUCUGACGUACGGAGCAACGACCAUGGCUGAUCAGAGACCACUGGGGCACUACCGAGUCACCGAAGGUUCGCGGAUCUUUGUCUCUUUUGUCUUACCCAUCGUGGUGGAGCCAACCAGAGAGACCUUCACCUUGACCAUAGACCCACAGGCCGAAUGCCACAAGAUCAAAGAACAGAUCUGCAAGUUCCGUGGCAUCCACGUCCCGCUUCAGAAGCUUGUGCAGCAUGGGCGACUCUUAGACGACCAAGUCCCCAUAAUAGAAGAGCUCUCGCAAGGUGGACCAGUCCACCUUCACCAUGGGAACAUCUUGAUCCUGGACGAGAACGGGAAGGUCUUGAUGUAUGACGUCCAGCCUUGGCACUGUGUCGCCAAAGUCAAGGAGAUCAUCUGCAGGAAGAUAGGGGUCCACACAAGACACCAGCACCUCAUGCAUGGAGAUCAGGAACUUAAAACAGUCAACAGAGCGAUCAAGUAUUUCGGGGUAAAGCGAUCUGACUUCCUCGUUUUAAAGACGGAACCGAAAGCUUUUAUUUCUGACAAAGAGGGUUUAGUCCAGAAAUAA